AUGCACCAGGUCACAACCCCGUUUCUGGCUAGCCUAGAAGGCAGUGAGAUCACAACAGAUGCCGAUCCAUAUGUCUCGUUGCCUGCCCAAACAUGGAUCAUCACCCAACAUCUCGAGGAAUCAGCCCUUCUGAUGAGCCAGAAGGAAGUUGAGCGUCAUGGCCCUGUUUCAACUAUGGCAAAGUUUCUUUGCUACCGGAAGGACGACUUGACUCAAAAGCUUGCGUUCAUGAGAAUCCACCGUCAGAUCCCAACCAUCGGCACGGAGUACACUAAGCCCAAAACCAGAGCACUCCAAGCUAUUCCGAUAUAUAUACCCACUGGACUAAAGGCAUUUCAAAGGCUCAAGUCCAUGGCAUGUAAUGUUACUCCCGCCCUCCUGGGCUACAAAGAGGCACAACAAGGGAACGACGAUGCGGUCCCGGGGGGAUUUUCUGUCUGUAUUGUAUGGGACAAGGUGCCUGGAGAGUCUCUUUCGGAUGAGUAUUUCUGGAGCCUAGAUCGUGACGCUCGCGAUGACAUUCGUCGAGAGUUUCGCCGAGUCAAUGAACAGUUUCUGCCAUGUGGAAUCGAGCCGACCCCCGCUACGACAACAAACCUGAUCUAUGAUCAGGUAUCUGGGUCAAUGUGA